AUGAUUAAUGGGAUGAAAUUUAACAAGUCCAAAUGCCAGAAUUUUGUGCAGGGAGUAGAGCUGGGCACAAGUAUGAAAUGGGAGAGGAGUGGCUUGAGAGCAGCCCUUCAGAACGGGAUCUGGAGUAGCAGAAGCGAUACAAUAUCUCAUAAUGGCGAGAUACCUAAUAAUCAAAUACUUCAAGGAGAAACAAGUGGACACCCAACAUUCAAAUGCCCUCUGUGUCAGGAAGCCAAUUUUACCAGACAACGUUUGCUGGAUCACUGUAACAACAGACAUCUUUAUCAGAUAGUUCCUGUAGUCUGUCCCAUUUGUGUAUCUCUUCCUUGGGCAGAUACUAAUCAGGUUACUAGAAAUCUUGUUAGCCAUCUAAAUCUAAGACACCGGUUUGACUACGGAGAAUUUGUGAAUCUUCAGCUUGAUGAAGAAGUCCAAUACCAAAAUGCAGUCGAAGAAUCCUGUCACGUGAACUUUUGAAGUAUAGUCCCUCCUUCAUCUUACUGAUGAUCUGAGAG